UUUAGCAACCAGGAAAUGACAGGGCGAUUUCCACUAGAUAACCCAGCCACAAAGUCAGAACAGCUUUCCCAGAAUGACAACAGAUACCGCUUCAGUCGGAGAAAUCAAGAGCAAUAUCACAGCCAAUCACAACACUGGCGGGAACUUGAUGAAAUCCGCAAGUCUGGAAUGAAAAAUUUUCGUAACAUUCAAGUGGAUGAAUCAAAUAUUUUGACUUGGCAAGGCCUCAUUGUUCCAGACAACCCUCCAUACGAUAAAGGUGCUUUCAGAAUCGAGAUCAUCUUCCCAGCAGAGUACCCCUUCAAGCCCCCCAAGAUCACGUUCAAGACCAAGAUCUACCACCCCAACAUCGACGAGAAGGGACAGGUGUGUCUGCCUGUGAUCAGCGCAGAGAACUGGAAACCAGCCACUAAAACUGACCAAGUGAUCCAGUCCCUGAUUGCGCUGGUCAACGACCCCCAGCCAGAGCAUCCUCUCAGGGCAGACCUAGCAGAGGAAUACUCUAAGGACCGUAAAAAAUUCUUUAAGAACGCAGAAGAGUUUACAAAGAAACAUGGAGAAAAACGACCUGUGGACUGAGAACGCAAACGUGUGACUCCCUCUUCCUACCCCCCGGCCUCCUCUAUCUACUCCCCCUCUUUCCCCCCCUUCCAAAACCCCCUACACCCCUCUCUGCUCUUACCCAAUCUCCUGAAAAUGCCCCCACACACGUACACACAUCCUUCUAGCCCCCCUCCUCCUGGGGCGAUAUAUCUCAGCUCCACUUCUCCCUGGCAACAGGACUGUGUCGUGAAUCAGGCAAGUUGGUCACCUCUGGGUGUCAGCUUGUGGCUGUUACUAACUUUCUACUGAUUUCUUAAAUUAUAAAAAUGCCGGAAUUGGGCCCAAGAGAGCAGCUUGUUAAAGAGGGAACAAAACAAAUACAAUGGAAAGAAAGAUCUAGAUGGAAAUGUUAUGCUCAAUUUGUACACAGAAGUGCUGGUGCAGACCUCUGUAUAAAGAUGAUCAAGUGUUUUGAAAACUAUUUGGUAAAUGCUCAACUUGUGGUCUGAUUGUUAACCCUUUUCAUCUCACUCCUUCCCCUCACUAAAAUAUGUAACAGAAAAAAAUCAACCCCAAAAGCAACAAAAUGAUAAAAAAAAAAACACUUAAAGCAUCAAGGUUCAGGUGUGGAGAAAUGUUUAUUUUAUAUUUCUUUCUUCUUUUUUUUGCCUAUGUUGCACUUUACUCUGUGGAACUAGCUUUUAAGUUUACCAUAAAACAUCAGUUUGUCACCAAUUCAAUGGUCCAGAUGUUAUAAAAGGGAAAAAAAAAUGUUUGACUGAACUUGCUUUUGUUUCUUUGAGAGGUUACGAUGAAAUGUUUUGUUCAUAUGUUGUAUACUUAGCAGACGGUUUGACCAUGUGACAGGAAGUACUGCUCUUCAUGCCAUUGCUCACUGGCCUCUUUUCAAGGUUCUGACUAGAGGGAGUACAGCUAUGAUCAGAAGUUACUCUCUUUUUUUUGUUGUAGCGGGUUAGGAGAUUUAGGUCAAGAAAUAACGUUUAUGACACCCCGUUCCCAUUGAAACUGCUCGUCAGUCUCUGCCCCAACCAGCAAGGCACUGCACAAAUUCACCAAUCUUAAUCACAUGAGUAGUUAUUUGGCAUAAAAAGUGAUUUGUGAAUUAUGAUGGUGGUAGAAGUUUAGUCAUUUAGACAUGCAUCAGCAGCAGACCAGUACCAGUAGAACAGUAGCUGCCAUGAGGGUGUAAAUUACAUUGGACCCGCCAUUGUGGGACAUAUUUUGGAAGCUCUAGAAAUGCAUUCAUGUUUACAUGUAUUUUUACCACGUUUAUUCUACUACAGCCACCUUAAUGCACACUUUAAAAUUGUGUGAGCUAAACGUAUGUAUGAAAUGUUAUGGAUAUUACUAAUGUUACGGUCCCAACUACAAAACAACAACAAAAAAAUACUUGUAA